UAAAACACGUAGAAGAAGAAUUUAUCACUCUUCUCUUGAAGAUGGCUUCGUCUUUUUGGAAAGGUGUCGUAGGGAUUGGUCUAUUUGCUUUGGCUCAUGCGGCUUUUUCAGCGGCACAACAUCGAUCCUACAUGCGUCUGACAGAAAAAGAAAAUGAAACACUACCAAUAGAUAUUGUCUUACAGACUUUGUUAGCAUUUGUUCUGACCAUUUAUGGUAUAGUCCACAUCUCUGGAGAGUUUAAAGAUAUGGAUGCAUCCUCAGAGCUGAAAAACAAGACGUUUGACACAUUGAGGAACCACCCAUCUUUCUACAUGUUCAAUCAUCGGGGUAGGGUGCUCUUCUGCUCUCCCAACCAAGAGGUCUCCACCGUCCCGAACCCACAGGCCCUGCGGCUACGCAAGCUGGAGCAUUUGCACUGAGACUGGCCUUCCCCGCCCACAUCUCUUUAUUUCUGUGCACAGAUGAGCUUAUUGGUUAGAUGGAGUGAAAAGUGCAGUCAUUUCUCCUCUUUAAUUUGUCUUUGUACAUAUAUUAAUAUAUGUAAUAAUGUGCAUCUCUUUCCAUAAAAGUGGUUACCAUAUUUAACCCCCUCAGUUUUUCAGGCAGAUUUGUUUGUAUAUAAUUGUAAUUGCUUAGCAGUCUUAAAGGAUUUGACAGGAUCUUCCCCUUACUUAGGUAUGGGUAGCGGAAGAUGUAUAUGUCAAAUCCUUUAAGAAUUCAAAGCAAUUGUUCCCCUUUGUUGGACAGGGGGCAAGAUGUUUCGUUUGCCACAAUACAUUUCUAUCUUGAGCAGCUGUCUGGAACUAUUUAUUUAUAAUGGUUUAUCUGCAGAUAUAAGAUUUUGUUUUAUGGAGUAAAAAGCCUUCACUUCUGUUGAGAUAAUUCAUGACCUGAUCUGGAGUUUAAAAUUAUGCUUUGGAGCUUGUAUGUAUAAAGUUACUACAGUCAUUGGAGUCACGAAGGUCAAGCUUGAAGGAUGCAGCAUGGAAAGCAGAGUAAGGCAGUGUUAGAGCAAUGCUAAUGAUACUGUGAACACUAAGUAGAGACUUUUAAGAUUAAACAGAUUUGUUUUUAACUUAAUAAAAUCAUAGAGAUUGUA